CUUGGUGUGCAAAAUCGUACGAGAAGAUUCAUCUGACUCUUCAUCUGGUGAGAUGGAAUUGGAAAAGGAGGACCUGGAUACAGAUAGUGAUGAUGAGCGCAAGUUCAUACUUCGAAAUUGGAAGGCACAGUUGGGAGUGUCAAAUAUUGAAAAGCUUGUCUCCUGUAGUAAACAAAAACUGUUUGAUUGCCUGAUGAAGACUCUCAAAAAACGAGAAGGGAAGGAGGCGGAGCUGGCCGCUGGUUGUCUGAGGUUGAUGGCCGACCAGCUACGAGACAAGGGUUCGAGUCUGUUUAAAAAGAUUUACCCUAAGCUCACCACCAUGUUGACAGACAGCUCCACCCACUACAAGACUCGCGCGGCCUGUGCCACGACACUCGCUACCUGGUGCUACCUGUGUUCCAGUGACCUGCAGAAAAUGAAAAAAGUGAGUAAAAUAUUGGAAGACAUGUUCAGUCGUGGCUAUGGGCAGGGAGACAACUCCCUCACUUUAACACCAGAACAGAUCUGGGUGAUGUGCCACGUCUUGAAGGCUUGGUGUCUUCUGCUGACCAGUUGUACACAAGAGGAACUCCAGGCCCACAUCAGCAACCACAUGGGUUCUCUGAAGGGGUUGCUGAGCAGUUCUGACGAAGAACUGCGCAUCACAGCCGGGGAGACCAUGGUCAUGCUUGAUGAGCUGGCUGGAGGUUCUGACAAGGAAUGGAAAGAGAUGGGGGAUAAAGAAAGUCUUCGUGAAAUGUUAGAUGGGCUGGCAACAGAUUCUGUGAAGUAUCGGGCCAAGAAAGGCAGAGGACAUUGGAAAGCAAGUUUUAGAGAUGUUCAUCGCAGUAUUGUAGCAGGUUGUAUGGAGACUGUUGUCGGCAAAGCCAUGAAAAAACCUUGCGCCACUAAGGAAGUCGACCGCCAACUUGCCUCAACUGAUGUAAAGACGUGUGAAACGGUCUCUGGGGAAAAUAUUUAGACGUUUGGCCUAACAUUUAUCUGGCCACUGGUAAAGUUUUGGAGAUCUCCAUCUUGAUUAUCUAUCUUGAUUCUCCAUCUUAAUUCUCGUCAUCAAAAAAAUAAACAAAAGUAAUGAUUAUGCUUUCACCGAAUGUUUUUUUGGUGCGUUUCUUCCGUCUAUGUUUGUAGCCUGCUUGAAUAUGAUGGUUUU